AUGGAGUAUGUGCAGAGGAUAAGAAGAGUAGAGGCGGAGAUUGCACUGAAGAAGAUGAAGCCUAAGAAGGCAGUUGGCCCUGAUGGUAUACUGAUGGAGGUGUGGAGGUGUUUAGGUGAGAUUGGUAUUGAUUGGUCAAUAGACCUCUUUAACAAGAUAUGGAGUGCUACAAGGAUCCCACAAGAUUGGAGGGAGAGCACCUUGGUCCCGAUUUAUGAAAACAAAGGAGACGCUCAAGAUUGUUCUAACUAUGGAGGGAUCAAGCUUAUGAGCCACACUAUGAAGUUGUGGGAAAGAGUGAUUGAACAUAUGUUAAGGGCAUACACAAGCAUUUCGGAUAACCAAUUUGGUUUUAUACAUAGGAGAUCUACUAUGGAAGUAAUCCAUUUGGUAGGACAAAUGAUGGAGUUUUAUCGGGUAAAGAAGAAGGAUAUUCGUAUGGUCUUUAUUGAUUUGGAGAAGGCAUAUGACAAGGUGUCAAGAGAGGUACUUCGGUGGGCUAUGUUAAAGAAAGGGUCUGCAUUAAGCCCUUUUCUUUUUGCAACGUUUCUAAAUGGAGUAACUAGACCAAUUCAAGAUGAGGUUCCAUGGUGUAUGUUGUUUACGAAUGAUAUCAUUUUGGUGGAUGAAACUAAUGAUGGGGUUAAUGCCAAGUUAGAGCAAUGGAGGCAAAGGUUGGAAUCUAGAGGGUUUAAGCUAAGUCGGAUUAAGAUUGAAUAUUUGGUAUGUCGCUUUGGUACUCAGAGGGGGAUAAGUGAUGAAGUAGUGAAUUUGGAUAGAAAGGAAUUAACCAUGAGUGAAUGUUUUAAGUAUCUUGGGUCGAUCAUCCAGAAAAAUGGUGACAUUGAUCAAGACGUGGCCCACAGGAUUAAGUCGGGGUGGCUUAAAGGGAGAGCGACCACGGGAGUGUCAUGUGACCAAAGCAUUCCCUUACAGUUGAAGAGAUAA